AUGAUAACCUUUCUGACAACUGUUUUUUCCAUCCUUUUAUUGACAGAAUUUAUUCUAGGAAAUUUUGCCAAUGGCUUCAUUGUGCUGGUGAACUGUAUUGACUGGGUCAAGAGACGAAAGGUUGCCUUCGUAGAUCAAAUACUCACAGUUUUGGCCAUCUCCAGAAUGGGUUUGCUCUGGGUAAUAGAAAUGAAUUGGAUUGUAACCAUGUUUAAUGCAGCUUCAUAUAGUUUAGAAGUAUUUAUUGUCGGUAAUAUUGUCUGGAUAGUGAGCAACCAUUUUAGCAUCUGGCUUGUUAUUAGUCUCAGCGUAUUCUAUUUGCUCAAGAUCGUCAGCUUUUCUAGUGUUCUGUUUUUUUAUUUUAAAAAAAGAGUUAACAGAGUUAUCUUUAUAUUGCUGCUGGGGAGCUUGCCUUCUUUGGCUUUUCAUCUUGUAAAGGCAAGCACAGAUGAAAGUGUGUGGAAGAAUGAAUGCAGUGGAAAUGUAACUUGGAAGACCAAAUGGAAUGACAUUGUGCGACAGUCCAACAUGACUGUCUUCAUAAUAUCAAACUUUAUACCUUUCACUAUGUCUCUGAUAUCUUUUCUGCUGUUAAUCUUUUCCCUAUGGAAACAUUUCAAGAAGAUGAAAAUGAAUGGCAAAGAACCUCAAGAUCUCAGCACCAAGGUCCACAUCAGAGCCAUGCAGACUAUGACCUCCUUUCUCUUGCUCUACACCAGUUACUUUGUGACUGUAAUCAUCUCAAUCUGGAAUUCAGAAAUGUUGAAAAACGAAUCAUUCUUUCAUGUUUGCCAGAUUCUAUUAGCCCUGUAUCCUUCAAGUCAUUCAUUUUUUCUGAUUUUGGGAAAUAAGAAACUAAAAGAAGUCUUUCUGUCACUUCUGUGGCAGUAG